UGGAUAGAUGUGGGUGCGGCGAUGUAGUUGAGAGUUUAGACGAACAGCAGGACAACAAACGUGAAUGUCUGUCACUCACUCGCUUUUUAACAAGUGCGUUGCUACUAUAAAUACCAAGUCAGUUUGGUGAUACCUAGACAUCAGCGUUUGUCUUUGAUAUUACAUUUUUGUUUGCGUAUUUUACUAUCGCCCCUCAAACAAUGUGCUACAAUUACUUUUGCAAGUCGUGCCGCACAUACAUUACAAUAAUGUUCUGUUCUAGCUUUGAAACAACGGGCAACUGCACUCACGGAUCAUUGAAUCUUUGCGACCAACGCUGCCCGGAAUGCUUUGCCAAGUACUCCAAGCGGACAAUGGCAAUGACAAAGGCUGGCAGUUAGUUAUGUCAUUUUAUUCUCAUAUACGCA